GGAACAGGAAGUACACUCCUGUUUGUGUGCUGGUGUUUCUGUCAUGUGCGAAAGUGCUGUAGAAACUUGGAGGACAAUGCUGAUCUUGUCAUUAUUCCUUGUGAAUGGCAUUUAUUAGUAGGACAUAUACAGCUGCUCCAGCUACAGAAGCUUCUUCAUUUCAGACUGUUCUCUAGGACAGAAGACCAGAUCAUGUCCCCUCCGGAGCCCAAAACCAGAGAAGAUUUUCUACAAUAUGCCUGUCAGCUCAUGCUGGAUCCCAACACAGCUAACAAACACCUCAGUCUAUCUGACAGGAACAGAGCGGCGACCUGUAGUCAAACAGUCCAGUCAUAUCCUGAUCAUCCUGACAGAUUUGAAACUGUAUAUCAAGUGCUGUGUAGAGAGAGUGUGUGUGGACGGUGUUACUGGGAAGUUGAGUGGAGCGGAUUUGCUGGAGUUGAAAUAACCGUGUCAUAUAAAACCAUUAGCAGGAAGGGAACAGGUACAGAAUGUGAGUUUGGGAACAACAAUCAGUCUUGGAGUUUAUACUGCUCUCCAUUAAGAUGUUCAUUCUGGCACAAUGACAAACAAACUAAAAUCUCCAAAAGACACAGCGCCUCUAGAAUAGGAGUGCACGUGGAUUACUGUGCAGGAUCUCUAUCCUACUACAGCAUCUCUGACACGAUGAAGCUCCUCCACAGAGUCCAAACUACAUUCACUCAGCCUCUCUACCCAGGGUUUUACGUUUUCUCUGGAUCAAAAGUAAAGCUUUUGCAACCCACACUCUAAAAAGUGAUUCUGGCCUUAUGUAGCACUUACAUUUUGAUGUAGUGUCCAUGUUAUUAAAAUAAAUUAUGCUUGUAAAUAAACAUUUUUAUUUAGCAUAAGUUUAACAUAAACCUACAAUUAUUUACCUACCUAUUUACUUUUUGUUGAACUUGCAUUUUUUACUUAUAAUAGUAUUUAAUGAAUUUACAUUGUAGCUCUUCUGUUUAAUUUUACUGUAUAAUAAUGAUAAUUGUAUACUGUAAUGCACACAUUUUCAUGUUCCCAUGGUCUAAAACUAUUAGUUUCAGUAAAUAUUUUCAGUUAUUUAAUAAAUGUAACCCUUUUAACUCAAGGAUCAAGUUGUGGUCUUUUAAAAUCUAUAGAUUUUCCAGUCAUUUUGGUUUCUUUGUUAUUAAAUUUAGAUUCACAAAUUAGUUUUAGAUCAUCUGAGUCUAACAGCAGUUUAGUCAGAUAAUAUGUCUAUUUACAUAAGUUAUAGUUUCUGCACAGAAACUGCAUAAAAUUAUCUUUAUCAGGCUAAAAGAUGACAGACUCUAAAGGUAUAUUCAUCCAUUGUUGUAUUAAAAAAUGUCCCUUCCUCCUAAUAUUACUCCA